AGCUAGGCAACCAUUCCGAGUGUAUAUCUGAUAUAAAAUAAAAGCUCCACAUAAAAAUUCAUCAGAAAUUCAGAGGAGUCUUAGAAUAAAUUGUAUGAAUCUGUACCAUCUAAAAGUCAAGUUGUUGGACUUCGCAUCACCACACCUUUACUGACUACCUAGUAACACUAAUGCAUAAGCUAUAGCGAAAAGUUUCGGCUUCUCUAUCGCUUUCGGGAAUUACACAAGGUAAUUGGUGAAAUCCCUUACUACUGUAGGGAUUGUAUAGUUUCUAAUAAAGAGUACCAAUAUUGUCAUGUCUGAAUUUAACUUCGAGUUUGCUAAAUUUGCCCAUUCAUGUUACCUUCUCUGAGCGUUUGUGUAACACGUUGCUAAUAGUCCGAGGGACUACUGCAAUGUAUGCCAUCCACAUAAACAAUGGCCUAGACGAUCUUCUUAUAAAAAGGCUCGUUUGCUACAAGUAAAACCACAGCGGCAAUAGUAUGACCUACUAAGGAGUGCCGCUCCUGAUAAGUUUAGUCUCAUUCCACUUUCGUUCUUAUCCACCUACAGCUCGAUAAGCUUUUAAUGUUUUUUAUCCAAAGUUGUACGACACAUUCUGCAUAGGCUGAUACCAGAUACCAGAUACUAUUAUUACUAUUCUUGUCUUUUUUUGUCUUGUCCGCGUUUUUUGUAUCUACUUUUAUUGUCUUUCUGCUAUCUAAUUCUUCUGUGAACUGUGUGACUUCUACCACUAUACGCCCAUGUCUGGUAUGUAUGUUCCAUAUACAUAAGUAUAUAUUAACAUAUAACAUAUAUACUAUGAGUAUAUAUUUUCUUUCGGACAUUUUCUAGGCCUUCAUCAUAGGCGCUAUAGUGAUGAUUGAAACAAUGUCCGACCAUUCAUAUACCAGCCAAGCGAUGGUGGUUUGCGGCACUCUAACGGGCUAUCUGAUUAUCUGCAGUACUUUACUUAUCGGUCAUCUACUCGGCGGCGGCGGUGUAAUCGAUAAGCGUAUCGAUUGUGUCUUUAGCAUUGGCGCAUUCAUUUUGUUUAUCGCCUCUGGCACGAUUGUUAUAGAUCGCUGGAGCAACCAAUAUAUGCAAGCACCAGACCAUAAUGCCGUAAAGAGUGCUGGCGCAUUGAUGAUAAUAAAUGCGCUUAUAUUUGUAGUUGACAUAAUUGUAAUUUUACGUAGUUGAAUGGGGAAUAAAUUUGUAA